GUGGUGGUGAAAAAGCUUUGAUCAUUUCUUCUUCUUCUUCUUUUUCUUCUUCUCUACCUUCUCUCAUUUUUUCCGUAUCAAAUUCGUCGAUCUCUCAUGGCGGCUUCCGUCGACAAUCGUCAAUAUGGACCUCUCCAGCCACCGCUUAGUGGCGUCGUUAGGUCAUUCAAGAAUGGUCCUAACCAUCGAUCCGACUCUCCCGUUCGUGGCUGUAACUUCCCUAAUUCCAACGUUGAUUUUAAUAACAACCGUCCUUUGAAAAGCUCCGUCAAGAUACAAGAGGCGGCGGCGGCGGAGGAGGAGGAGGAGAUGGAGGAUUCGUGUAGCGAAGAUGAGAAUGAGAAUGAGUUUCGUGAUUUGAUUGUGAAGGGAAACCGUGAACUCGAGCCGUCGAUUUUGGAUCACAGAGAUGAAGGCACGGCUGAUAAUUGGAUCGAGCGGAAUGCUUCCAUGGUCCGUCUCACAGGGAAGCAUCCCUUCAAUUCUGAACCGCCUCUUAACCGUCUGAUGCAUCACGGAUUCAUCACGCCUGUUCCUCUCCACUACGUCCGUAACCACGGUGUGGUCCCCAAGGCGAAAUGGGCCGACUGGACCGUUGAGGUUUGCGGACUUGUCAAACGUCCCGCCAAGUUCACCAUGGACCAACUCCUCAACGAAUUCCGCUUCCGUGAAUUCCCAGCCACACUCGUCUGCGCUGGAAACCGACGGAAGGAACAGAACAUGGUGAAACAGAGCAUCGGAUUUAACUGGGGAGCGGCGGGUGUGUCUACGUCGGUAUGGCGUGGUGUUCCACUUUGUGACGUGUUGAAACGAUGCGGGAUAUUGAGCCGUAAGAAAGGGGCGCUGAAUGUAUGCUUUGAAGGAGCUGAGGAUCUUCCUGGUGGCGGUGGGUCAAAAUACGGAACCAGUAUCAAGAAGGAACUAGCCAUGGAUCCUGCUAGAGACAUCAUUCUCGCCUAUAUGCAAAACGGCGAGCAAUUAGCGCCGGACCAUGGCUUUCCGGUGAGGAUGAUCAUUCCGGGAUUCAUCGGUGGUAGAAUGGUGAAAUGGUUGAAACGAAUCAUUGUGACAACGAAAGAAUCCGAAAACUAUUACCAUUUUAAGGAUAACAGAGUCUUGCCUUCCCAUGUCGACGCAGAGCUCGCCAACGCUGAAGCUUGGUGGUACAAGCCGGAACAUAUAAUCAACGAGUUGAACAUAAACUCAGUGAUAACCACGCCCUGUCAUGAGGAGAUUCUUCCGAUCAACGCGUGGACCACUCAGAGGCCCUACACCUUGAGAGGCUACUCUUAUUCCGGCGGUGGGAAGAAGGUGACGCGUGUGGAGGUGACGAUGGAUAGUGGAGAGACAUGGCAGGUGUGCACGUUGGACCAUCCGGAGAAGGCGAACAAGUAUGGGAAAUAUUGGUGCUGGUGUUUCUGGUCGUUGGAGGUGGAGGUGCUGGACUUGCUCAGCGCUAAGGAAAUUGCCGUCCGGGCUUGGGAUGAAACCCAUAACACCCAGCCGGAGAAACUCAUCUGGAACCUCAUGGGAAUGAUGAACAAUUGCUGGUUCAGAGUGAAAACCAAUAUGUGCAAGCCUCACAAGGGUGAAAUCGGUAUCAUCUUCGAACACCCAACGCAGCCCGGCAACCAAUCCGGCGGAUGGAUGGACAGAGAGAGACAUCUGGAGAUUUCCACUGAAUCAAACCAGACAUUGAAAAAGAGUGUCUCCACUCCAUUCAUGAACACCGCCUCCAACACGUACACCUUAUCCGAAGUCAAAAAGCACAACUCCCCCCAAUCCGCUUGGAUCAUCGUUCACGGUCACGUCUACGACUGCACCCGCUUCCUCAAAGACCACCCCGGCGGUUCCGACAGUAUCCUCAUUAACGCCGGCACCGACUGCACCGAAGAGUUCGACGCAAUCCACUCUGACAAAGCCAAGAAAAUGCUCGAGGACUAUAGAAUCGGGGAGUUAAUCACCACUGGCUACGCGUCCGACUCCUCCUCCAAUUCCCCUAACAACUCCACUCAUGGCGCGUCCAACUUCUCCCACUUAGCCCCCAUUCGAGAGGCUCCAGUAACACGACGCGUGGCGCUCGCCCCUAACGAGAAAAUCCCCUGCAAAUUGAUUUCCAAGACCUCGAUCUCACACGACGUGCGUGUGUUCAGAUUCGCACUACCCGGUGGUCAGGACCAGGCUCUCGGAUUACCCGUGGGGAAGCACAUUUUCAUAUGCGCCACAGUGGACGGCAAGCUCUGCAUGAGAGCCUACACGCCCACUAGCUCCAUAGACGAAAUGGGGUUCUUCGAAUUGGUGGUGAAAGUAUACUUCAAAGGCGUGCACCCAAAGUUCCCCAACGGCGGGAUCAUGUCCCAGUAUUUGGAUUCCAUGGAGGUCGGAUCCACGCUGGAUGUGAAGGGUCCACUCGGCCAUAUCGAGUACACAGGGCGCGGCAACUUUAUGGUCCAUGGCAAGCCCCGGUUCGCCAGACGGCUUGCCAUGCUGGCAGGCGGGACCGGAAUAACCCCAAUAUACCAAGUGGUGCAAGCGAUAUUAAAGGAUCCGGAGGACGAGACGGAGAUGUAUGUGGUGUAUGCGAAUCGGACGGAGGAUGAUAUUUUGCUGAGGGAGGAAUUGGAGACGUGGGCGAAGAAGAACCAGAGAUUGAAAGUGUGGUACGUGGUGCAGGAGAGUAUUAGAGAAGGGUGGGAAUAUAGCGUUGGGUUCAUUACAGAGAAUAUUCUGAGAGAGCAUAUUCCGGCGGCGGCGGAGGACACAUUGGCAUUGGCUUGUGGGCCGCCGGCGAUGAUUCAGUUCGCAGUGCAGCCCAAUUUGGAGAAGAUGAAUUACGAUACCAAGAAUUCGUUAUUAGUGUUUUAAUUAAUUAGUGGAAGGAAGACAACCAAAAUAAAUAAAUUGGUUUUUUAUAUUUUUAUUUUCUUCAAUGAAAAUCCAAAAUUGAGGAAAAAAGUUGGAUUCGUUUUGUAAAAUAAUGAAAUAUAUGUGAAUAUUAUAAUCAUUGUAAAUACUCUUAUUUUCUUUUUUUA